GGCUAGAAUUAUGUGAGAGCCUAGACUGAUGCUAGCUUACUUUUGUUUUGCAGGAAGGAUGCCAAUUCUGCACUGCUCAGUAACUACGAGGUGUUCCAGUUACUAACUGACCUGAAAGAACAGCGUAAAGAAAGUGGAAAGAAUAAACACAAUUCUGGGCAGCAGAACUUGAAUACCAUCACCUAUGAAAGCUGAAAAGCUCCAGCUGUUGAAUCACAGGCCUAUGACUGCUGUUGAGAUCCAGCUGAUGGUGGAAGAGAGUGAAGAGCGGCUGACGGAGGAGCAGAUCGAAGCUCUUCUCCACACAGUCACCAGCAUUCUGCCUGCAGGGCCAGAGGCUGAGCAAAAGAAAAAUACCAACAACAGUGAUGAGGCAGUAGAUGAAGAGGACCCAGCAUAGGAGAGUACAGCUGCCCCAGGAAUUUCAUGAAGACCAAAAGCCCAGCAGCCAUUUCCUGGAUGUUCAGAAGACUGUUUAUUUGAUUUUAUUCUCUAUCCCAACAGAGCUUGAUUUUAUGAUUAGCUGAGUAAAUCAUAAAAAUAAGCCUUUCUCAAAAACAAGCUGAAAAGAAAUAUUUGUGCCUCAGGGAAAAGAAACACAGUGAAGACAAGUUGAGGGUGUCGAGGCAGAGAACUAAAAAGGGGAAGACAAUGACUGUGGACCCCUCUGUGGUAGAAAUAUUUUCUCUACAGUUUUAGCCACGUUUGUGGUGAGAGCUCUGUAUACAGCGGGUAAAAUGCUUUUUUCCUUUGAUGGACUUUGUUCUAAUUAGUUUCAUCUGCUUCCCUAGGAACUUCCAAAGCAGGGGCUGAGAGCUAGUGGGAUGAGAGCUGAAUUAUGAGAAUCUGGUUAGAUGACUAAAAACUCUCAGAGCAGUGAAUAGUUCCACCAGGUUAAAAUGAGCCACUGACUUUGGCUCACCUUAGAGGAAUUUCUUUAAGAACAACAGAGAUAAGAAGAAGCAGGUGUGGCCAAUUCUUUGUCAGCUCUGAAGGCCCCUUUCCUCAGCUGCCAUAGGCUUUGUUUACCAGUGAACUGUUUAGUCUUAAAUGUUAGGGACCAGCCUAUUCCAGUUGAAAAGAGGUACUCUAGGCUGAAUGAGCGUGGCGGCAGAAAUGAGGAAUUGGCUGGCUUUCUGACCAUCCUCAAUUUCCUUCCCUGAGACAACAGCCCAAGGCAGGUGCUAGCUAUUGAGACCAGGUGAGCGUCAUUUGCAUCUUUUAAAAGGGCACAAUUAUGUAGCUCUUUCCAUGGACAGAAUGUAUAAGAACUAGAGGUUAUUAAUAAGAAUUUAAAUUUGCUGCCUGUUGCAAGGUUACAUUAGUUUUUUAAUUUAAAAUAUUAAUGGAAGGCCUGGUGCAGUGGCUCAU